AUGAAUGUACGUCCUUCCAAAUUCAGCUUCAUAUUAUCGCGUUGCACUGACAUCUCUCUUACAGGGUCGGCGAAUGCCACCGAGGCUGUCACGAUCAGCCUGAUCGCCCCUGCAGCUGGAGCGACCAAAGCUAUCGGAUCCUUCAACCCCAAGUUCACGUACUCGAUCUUUGGCGACGAUGAGCGGAUCUUUGGGUUCAAGGGCCUCAAGAUCAACCUGCGAUACCUCUCAUACAACAUGUGCCCCCAUGUCAAGGUUUCAUAUGACAAGAAGUUUCUGUCUGUCGGAGAGACCGAGGCUGCGGACGUCGACGGAAUCUUGAGAGAGCAUCUCCCUGGAGUCGCUUUCCAAUCCAACAAAGAGUUCGAGAGCCGCGCCCAGAGCCAGCCUGACGAUUUCGUUCCUCCCGGUAACCUUCACUCAAGCUUCGAAGGCGACGACGGUACAUACGAGGUGUGGCAGGGCAGCCUGGCCGACCCGGCUGUGAGGCAAAUUGUCAACCGCAUCGAGAUUCUGGUUCCCAUGUUUAUUGAAGGUGGAUCGUACAUUGCGCGCGACUUGGAGAACACCGAGGACCCCUGGAAGGAGCCCGAAGAUGCCAACCGGUGGACUGUCUACUUCCUCUACCGCAAGCAGAAGUCCGGCGAGACCCCCGAGAAACCCUCCUACACCUUCGUCGGCUACUCGACUGUCUACAAGUUCUUCUCGUUCCGCCCUCAGCCGCCGGCGUCGACCGAAUGGGACCUCCCGAAGGAAGAGUUUGACCUGAUGAAAAAGUUGCAUUGUCGCUCUCGUCUUUCCCAGUUCUUGAUCUUGCCGCCAUUCCAGGGCAAGGGGAUCGGUGCUCGCCUGUACAGCACGAUUUUCAAGCAUUAUCUCGACGACCCUCAGACUUUCGAGUUGACGGUUGAGGACCCCAACGAGGCGUUCGACGACAUGAGAGAUCUUUGCGACUUGACAUUCCUUCGUUCAUUGCCCGAGUUCAAGGGCAUCAAGAUCAACACCAGCAUUUCUCUACCGAACCCCCCGACUGGCACCGUGCCCAAGGAUCUGGUGGACCCAGAGCUGCGCGACCGCCUUCGGCAGAAGACCAAGAUUGUAGAACGCCAGUUUAAGAGACUGGUCGAGAUGCAGACGAUGUCUCAGCUUCCGGAGUCAGUUAAAGCUUCGCUGAGCGAGGACAAGAAGCCGCUGCCCACCAAGGAGGACAGGCACCAAUACCGUCUCUGGAGGCUGUUUGCCAAACAGAGAAUCUACCGCCAGAAUGCCGAUGUCCUCAGCCAACUGGACGCUGCCGAGCGGGCUGAUAAGUUGAACGAAGCCCUCCGCAGUGUCGAACUCGAGUAUGCCAGACUGCUGGAUUGGCAUUCGCGCUGGGAGAAGCACCAAGUCGGUGCUGUUAACUCGGAUUUCGGCAGCAAGAGGAAGUCAGUUGAUGACGGUGAAGAGCAGGGCUCUGCCAAAAAGGCUAGGGUUGAGGACGCCUAA